UUCCCCACCCCACUCCCCUUCUCCCUUAGCUGUUCCUCACUGUAGCCAUGCCCCACUCCAUCAAAUAUUAAAAAAAGCCUUCUAUCUAAAAAGUCUUUCUCCCCAUUUCCUCUCGCUUUCCUAUCCUCCUCCGUAUAAAAUCUCUGCUUCGUUGCCAAAUCAGAACUUUUCUUAUCGCCAUUUUCUUAAGGGAGUCUUUCUCCUUCUCUUCUUUUUCUUCUACAUCUUAUAGAGAGGAAAAAAAAUUACAAAAAAUGCCUGCUUGGUGGGCUAAGAAGUCGAGUAAGAACAAAGAAGAGAGUCCUCAAAAUCAAAGCCCACGUGGUACCACCAUCGGAUUAAUCAAGUUUUCACCUAAUAAAAUCGCUGCUGCUGCUGCCGUUGCAGGCGGCGGCUGCGGUAGUGGUAAAAAUAAAGCAGCACCUGCACCUGCCGAUGACAAGAACAGGAACAACAACUACCCAAAGUCCUUCGAUGAUGGAGGAGGGUUUGUCUUAACCAACCGUAAUUCGCCACGUUCCAGCAAGGAUUUUGGCGUUGUUGUUGGUGGUAGUGGUGGUGGGUCAUCCGGGUUUUCGGGUUUCGAUUCGGAUUCAGGGGAAAAAAGAGGGAUUCCUUUGCCUAGACCAUCUGUCUCGUCGAUGCAAAGUGAUCAUGUUGUCGGAUUGGGAUCUGGGUCGCCUUCGGUUUCUAGCGUUAGCUCGUCUGGCUCUUCUGAAGAUAAUCAGAUUACAAAUGAUCCGGUUCAAUUUCUUGCCUGCAGGUCAUAUAUUGAUCCCAGAGGUCAAGGUGAAGUUAGAACGAACAUGAGGUCUAGAAGCCCCGGUCCAGGAUCAAGAGGGGCAACCAGCCCAACAUCACCUCUUCAUCAUCGAUCAUUUGGAGUGAGUCUCGAUUCUCCUACAGGGAGAAAGGAAGAUGGGAAGUCUCAGUGUCAUAAGUUGCCUCUUCCACCAGGUUCUCCUACUAGUCCUUCUGCCUUGCCUUGCACAAGAACUUGUGGAGUGAGUGAAAAUACGCCUUGUACUCUAUCCGGAUGGCGUAGAGGGAGACUCUUAGGAAGGGGAACUUUUGGUCAUGUUUACCUUGGAUUUAAUAGUGAAAAUGGGCAGAUGUGUGCAAUAAAAGAAGUCAGGGUCAUAUCCGAUGAUCAGACAUCUAAAGAAAGCCUCAAGCAACUGAACCAGGAGAUAAAUUUGCUGAGUCAGCUUUCUCAUCCAAACAUUGUUCGAUACUAUGGAAGUGAACUGGGUGAAGAAACACUCUCGGUUUACUUGGAAUAUGUCUCUGGUGGUUCAAUCCACAAAUUACUUCAAGAAUAUGGUGCCUUCAAGGAACCUGUUAUUCAAAACUAUACAAGACAAAUUCUUUCUGGGCUUGCUUACUUACAUGGAAGAAAUACGGUGCACAGAGACAUAAAAGGGGCUAACAUAUUAGUAGAUCCUACUGGUGAAAUCAAGUUGGUGGACUUUGGCAUGGCAAAACAUAUAACAGCUUGUGGUGCAAUGCUUUCGUUCAAGGGAAGUCCUUAUUGGAUGGCACCUGAGGUUGUAAUGAAUACAAAUGGCUACAACCUUGCAGUGGAUAUCUGGAGCUUGGGUUGUACUAUACUUGAAAUGGCUACAUCAAAACCACCAUGGUGUCAGUAUGAAGGGGUCGCUGCAAUAUUUAAAAUUGGGAACAGCAAAGAUAUUCCUGAGAUUCCUGAUCACCUUUCUAAUGAAGCAAAAAGUUUCAUAAGGCUUUGCUUGCAACGAGAGCCAUCAGCUCGUCCUACAGCCUUGCAACUGCUAGAUCACCCUUUCAUUCGGGAACAAGCAACAACAAGAGUUGCUAACAUCAGCAUAACCAAAGAUGCAUUUCCUUACGCUUUUGAUGGAAGCCGCACUCCGCAGCCCAUAUUAGAAAUGCAGUCGAAUAGAAAUAAUAUCCUCUCAUUUGAUGGAGAUUAUGGGACAAGGGGACUGGCUACAAGUUCAAGAGUGAUGAGGAGCCCAAGAGAUAAUGCAAGAACAAUCGCAUCUUUGCCCGUUUCUCCUUGUUCAAGCCCAUUAAGAUAUGGUCCAGCACACAAGAGUUGUUUUCUUUCUCCUCCUCAUCCAACUUAUCCGUUUAUAGGACAGAGUGGUUACAACUUCGGUGACUUCUCUGGGAGUGCAUUGAGACCGAAUCAGAGAUACACUCAGGAUGCUUGGCUUGAAACUUCACAACUAAAAGUCCAAACACCGGGCACCUCGCCGAGAACGAGACCUAUUUGAGAUAUUGUAAAUAGCAAUAGGAUAAAUGUCUGUUAUCACUCUUUCCCAAAUGCCAAUGGAAUCAAGUAUACCUCUUGGAUGAAUAUUUUGGUAAGUUGGCAAUCUCAUUUUCCAAGCCAAUUAGAAUGAAGUGAUUGCAUCUUUAACUUAAGGCUACCUGAAGGGGAAUAUUUGGGGACGAACGGGACUUUUGUUGCUCGGAAAAGAUGAAGAUACUCGGAUACUUGUCUUUGUAACAAUCUCUUCUUGGUUUUUAUAUAUGGAAUGGAUGUUGGU